UGGGUGACCUAACAUGGCACUAUUAAAAACAAUAGUGUCCCGUUAUAUCUGGAGUCCACGAUUGGCUACUAUUCCAAGAUUCUCAUCCAACGUCGCCAAUGUCUCUGACGACGCUCCAGUCGAAAUCGAAAACCCGUACAAGAAGGAAGAACGCCAAUGCAUAUUAUGUAAACUAAACAUCACGCCGGACUACAAAAACUACCGUUUACUGACACAAUUUCAGAGCCCUUACACUGGCAGGAUCUACGGACGCCAUAUAACAGGGCUGUGCAAAUCGAAACAAGCGUUAGUGGAAGCGGAAAUUAAAAAAGCACAGAACUGCGCUUUCAUGCCAUACUUUUAUAAAGAUAAGGUGUUCCUGAAGGACCCGAAGUUGUUUGAUCCUGAAAACCCUAUCCGUUCUCACAGAUUUUAACUAGAUUUAGUAGAAUUUAAUGUAGUAUUGUUAAUAAAAUAUCUAUAAUUAACUAA